AUGGCAGCCGUCCUCAAACUUGCCAGGAAGUAUCCUCAAUUUCAGCAGAACGAUAUCUUCCAGUUGCAGAAUGCCUUUCAGCGGCUCGAUGUUGACGACAAAGGAUAUCUUACAGAAGCGGAGGUGAUCAAGGCCACACAGCAAUCGGAGAGGCAGUCCUACGAUCGUGUGCGACAGGCUCUGAAAGAGGUGGAGCUAGACAGUUCACGAAGAGUCGAGUUGGAAGAUUAUGUCGAUCUCAUAUCGAAACUCCGCGAUGCCCCCACUCCUCAGCAACGACAGGUUUCAGGCGGUGCUGUCAAGUCAGCCGGCGGCCCACCGCCAGUUUCACACGCGUCCAAGCCAAGUUUAGGUGGAAGUGGUGGCAGGAUCCAGAUGACCACCGGCAAUGUUACACACACCAUUAACGAAGACGAACGACAAGCCUUUACGAACCACAUCAAUGCCGUCCUCGCUGGCGAUUCGGAUAUCGGCCACAUGUUGCCUUUCCCGACCGACACCUUCGAGAUGUUCGAUCACUGUAGGGACGGUCUAGUGUUGGCAAAGCUCAUCAACGACUCUGUGCCGGACACUAUUGACGAGCGUGUUCUCAACAGACCAGGAAAGAAGAUCAAAACUCUCAAUGCCUUCCAUAUGACUGAGAACAACAACAUCGUGAUUGAAUCAGCCAAAGGUAUAGGCUGCUCAGUUGUCAACAUUGGCUCGGGUGAUAUCAUAGAAGUGAGAGAACACUUAAUACUAGGUCUUAUAUGGCAGAUUAUCCGUCGGGGUCUGCUCGGCAAGAUUGACAUCAAGCUACAUCCCGAAUUGUACAGACUACUCGAGGACGACGAGACACUCGAGCAGUUCCUUCGCCUACCACCAGAGCAGAUUCUUCUUCGCUGGUGCAACUACCAUCUCAAGAACGCUGGCUGGCAGAAACGAGUCACUAAUUUCUCAGGUGAUGUCAAAGAUGGUGAGAACUACACUGUUCUACUCAACCAGCUAAAGCCCGACCUGUGCUCUCGUGCACCCCUGCAGACACGAGACCUUAUGCAAAGAGCCGAGCAAGUUCUACAAAAUGCCGAAAAGCUCGAUUGCAGAAAGUUUCUCACCCCAACUGCCUUGGUCGCAGGAAACUCAAAGCUGAACUUGGCCUUUGUGGCUAAUCUUUUCAAUACUCAUCCUGGUCUUGAGGCUCUUACGGAAGAAGAAAAAGAGGGCAUCGAAGACUUUGAUGCCGAAGGCGAACGAGAAGCCAGAGUUUUUACCUUGUGGCUGAAUUCCAUAGACGUCAAGCCAGUUGUUCAGUCUCUCUUCGAUGACUUGAGAGAUGGAACAGUUCUAAUGCAAGCCUAUGACAAGGUCGUUCCAGGCUCUGUAAACUGGAAACAUGUCAACAAGCCCCCUCAGACAGGCGCAGAAAUGUCGCGCUUCAAAGCCGUGGAGAACACAAACUACGCUGUUGAGCUGGGCAAGCAAAAUGGCUUCUCUCUGGUUGGUGUACAGGGUGCUGACAUCACAGAUGGCCAACGAACAUUGACGUUAGGACUUGUGUGGCAGCUAAUGAGACGAGACAUUGUUAGAACCUUGGGUGGACUUGCACAACGCAUGGGUAAACGAGACCUGAGUGAUUCCGAUAUGGUUCGAUGGGCAAACGAUCAGGUCAAGAAAGGUGGCAAGUCUACUCAGGUCCGCUCGUUCAAGGACUCGUCGUUAUCGAGCGGUGUGUUCCUUCUCGAUGUGCUCAAUGGUCUGAAGAGCAGCUAUGUCGACUAUGACCUGGUGACUCUAGGCAAGACUGAAGAGGACGCAUUCAUGAACUGCAAAUUGGCUAUUUCGAUUGCAAGAAAAAUGGGCGCUACCAUUUGGCUAGUACCGGAGGAUAUCCAACAAGUUCGUGCCAGACUCAUCUUAUCGUUCAUUGGUUCGCUCAUGGCUACGGCUGAGAAGAUGGGUGUAUAG